AAGUGCCUUUGACACUUAUUGUCCCUCAUUAGCUGCCGUACUUCUGAGAGUGACACGCAUGCGCAGAGACGCACCAGCGCACCACAUUCCCCGCUUCUCCCUAGCUUCUCCUCGCAGGCGAGCGCCCAGGAGCCAGCUUUAUUGAUGUAUGCGCCGUCCAUGGUCGUCUGAAUUAAUAGAAAAUACGCGCGUUUCUCCCUCGAACCUUCACGAGGAGUCGCCAUCUGACCGCGAGGCUGCAUCAAAUCCCCGGCCGUGCUCCGAUAGAUGCUCGUUUCCUCACCAUGGCAACAGAAGAUAAGAAACCAGAGACGGACACAAAACCUCCCGUUGUCCCGUCGGCUUCUGCCAGUCAAAGCAAGUCUGCGCCCGCCAAGCCCAACUACAGCCUGAAAUUCACACUAGCGGGCCACACUAAAGCCGUCUCCUCCGUCAAAUUCAGUCCCAGUGGAGAAUGGCUUGCCAGCUCCUCUGCUGAUAAACUCAUCAAAAUCUGGGGCGCAUACGACGGCAAGUUUGAGAAAACCAUAUCCGGACACAAACUCGGCAUAUCCGACGUGGCCUGGUCCUCCGACUCCAACCUCCUGGUGUCCGCAUCCGACGACAAAACCCUGAAAAUCUGGGACGUCAGCUCGGGGAAAUGCUUAAAAACUCUAAAAGGUCACAGCAACUACGUCUUCUGCUGCAACUUCAACCCCCAGUCCAAUCUUAUCGUGUCAGGAUCGUUUGAUGAGAGUGUAAGGAUAUGGGACGUGAAGACCGGGAAGUGUUUGAAAACAUUGCCGGCUCAUUCUGACCCAGUCUCGGCUGUCCACUUCAACAGAGAUGGCUCCCUGAUUGUGUCCAGUAGCUACGACGGCCUUUGCCGAAUCUGGGACACUGCAUCGGGGCAGUGUUUAAAGACACUCAUAGAUGACGACAACCCUCCCGUGUCGUUUGUGAAGUUCUCCCCCAACGGGAAAUACAUCCUGGCUGCCACACUGGACAACACGCUGAAGCUGUGGGACUACAGCAAAGGAAAGUGCUUGAAAACAUACACCGGCCACAAAAAUGAGAAGUACUGCAUAUUUGCGAACUUCUCUGUCACCGGCGGAAAGUGGAUCGUGUCCGGCUCUGAGGACAACAUGGUUUAUAUCUGGAACCUGCAGACGAAGGAGAUUGUGCAGAAACUCCAGGGCCACACGGACGUCGUCAUUUCGACCGCCUGCCACCCGACAGAGAACAUCAUCGCGUCUGCGGCUUUAGAAAACGACAAAACCAUCAAGCUAUGGAGAAGCGACUGCUAAGCCCCUCCCCCUUCUUUUUUUUGGAUCUUUUGGGCCACUCAUAACUUUUUCUUCUGUUUUGUUGUAAGAAAAGAGGACUCCCCUCCCCCCACCCCCUUUCAGGUGAUGAAGUUUAACAAGGAGAACCAAAUGAGACGCAUCGACCACACACACGGAAUCGGCCGAAGAACGUUUUACUUUUAUUUUUAUUAUACAAUCAAUAUUGAUGCUCUGUUUUGGUGCUUCAGUAUUUCACACCGCGUUAACCCCCCCCAGCCCCAACUCACGGCUCCGUACCAUUGUAAAGCUUAUUUGGCCUUUCUACGAUUCAUCGGUGUUUUGCCUUUUUUUUUUUUUUUUUAGUUUUUUUUUUUAGUUUGUCUGAGUAACUGUAAGUUGGAGAAGUGACUUUGACAUCAAGCUUCGAGGUAUUAAAAAAAGAAAAGACAUUUAAGGAUCCUAUGGCUGUUAUUUAUUAUUCAAGGCAUCAGUGUGUUUUUGGUCUUUAAUAUUAAAUUGCCAGAUCUCAAAUGUGCUCUGGGUGCCAUAACGAGUUUGUAAGUCCUUUCAGGGCAACAAACCAGGCGUUCAAAGCCCACAAUGUGAUGUGUGACAUCACAGGAAGUAGUUUGACAGUGACAAAAAUAAAGAAAAAGUCCUGUUGGAGAAUUAAAUGAAGUCCUCCCCCCCCCCCCACCCUUCACAUGUCUAAUUUGAACAUUUGACAGUUUACAAAAGUGAUCAAAUGCAGCUAUCUCCCCCUCUAGGAUCUGUACAUAUAUACAUUGACGUGUUGUGAUUUGAUUAUUUCAGCUGUCUGUUUUUUCCGUAGUCUCUUCUGCUUGAUCAGCUCUCUGUAGUUCUGCACACAGCCAGCAGCAUCUGUUCUCUGUAGUCAACCUGGAGUUUAUCAUUUAAUUUCUGGUGGAAUAUGUUUAUGUUUUGACAUUUGACGGCUAUAAACCUGCGACCUAAUAAACCCAGUUUUUGUACGUUU